UUAAUUAUCCUUCAAUCGAAUUCACAUUAAUUUAUAACUGUGAUGGUAAUGGGCAGGAAGAAAGCUUGAUUAUUUGAAGAAUAUUGAUUACUGCUCUGCUUGCAAGAACCAAUAUUUUCAGAACAAAAGUGCAGUUUCUUUCUUUUGCUUUUGGAGCUUUUCUUCUUGGAUUAUAUUUUCUUCUUUUUAAUUGCUUUGAAUUCAAUUGGAUAUAAUAAUUAAAACGUUGGGAGUUGAGAGCUUCAAUGGUCGUUUUAUCCAGUCGGACUGAGUCCACUCCAGCCCACACAUUUUGCCUUUUUCCACAUCUCUCUCUCUCUCUCUCUCUCUCUCUCUCUACAAAAAGCUUCUGUUUGUGUUUCUCUCUCUCAUCUGAAACCAUAGAAAACGAAGAGGGAGAAGAAAGACUGAAAAAGAAGAGAAGAAAAGAAGAAAAGAGCCUUCUGCUUUCGUUUCAAACGAGGAAAGUGAGAAAAGAGCUUUAAGAACUGUACUGUUCUCAACAGGGAAUCUCGGGAGUUGGAAUUUGGAGCGGAAGUUUGCUUAAUAUUUUUCUGGGUUUAUUCGUUCCCUGUUUAUUUUCCAAGUAGGAUGUCGGCCAGGAUGUCGUGAUCGUGAUUUCUUCCUCUUCCUCUUUCAUUACAACAAAAAAAAAUUCUGGGGUUUUCUGGGUUUUCUUUGGGUGACCAGUUCUGCUAGUUGUUCGCUUCUGGUUUUCUAAUCUCUGGAUUAAUGGAAAUGGAGGAGGGAGCAAAAAUCCGAGUGGUUCGUUGCCCUAAGUGCGAUAAUCUUCUGACGGAGCUCCCUGAUUAUACCGUCUACCAAUGCGGUGGAUGUGGUGCUGUUCUUCGAGUUUAUUGAGACGAGAAUUCUGGUUUUCUACUAUACAGCGAAGAAACAAAUUUCUGAAAGAGCAGGUAGCUCGAAUGCUACUUCUUCUUCUUCCAGGAAUGAAAAUAGGGAGGUUGAGAUUGAUAAUCAUGGAGGAGCGGUUGAACCCAUAGUGUUAGAAGAGAUGAACUUGAAUAGGGAAGAAUUGGCUAAAGCCCUAAUGGGGAAAGACGUUGGUGAAGUUAAAUCCCAAACUGGAAGUGCGAGUAGGCCUUGGGGACCUGGGCAAAUUCCUGAUAAUCGGAGCAGUGAGACAAAGGGGUUGAUGGGGUUUCAGAGAACCCAUGGAGCCUUGGUUGAAGAUGUUAGAUUUUCGACUCUUCGGUAUCCUGAUGAAGGUCCAUCGAACUACCACCGGGGUUCUUCUUAUGGCUAUGGAGAGCCAGUAAAUAACCAGAGCAACCUCGAUGGACCUAGUAGAGUUGAGUACCUUGAGAAAGAUCGAGCUGAACUGUUGAGAAAACUAGAUGAGCUGAAAGAUCAACUGAGUAGAUCUUGUGAUAUAGCAGAGAAACCAAAAGAAAGGGUACCUGUGGCUAGGAGAAUGGAUCCUCUUCCUCCUCCUCCUCCUCCUCCUCCUCCUUCAGGCCCUUACCGUCAAGGUGGUUGGCCUCUAGAGGGCCGGCUGGGAUCAAGUAGAGCUUCCAUGCCAUCUCUUGCACCAGAUAAACACAUACCCAGGCCACCUUACCUUAAUCAUGGCCAUGAACCUAUUCCUUUGAUGAAUAGGCAUCAUGUUGAUAUGCAGCAGAAUUUCCAUCCUCCAUUGCACACCCCAAAUGAGAUUCCUGGUUUCGGUGAUCCAUUUGGAGCCCAAAUGCUCAGGAGAGGUCCUCAUCAACCUGCCUUCAAAUACUCUCAAAGGUCCUCUCAUGAAUACUUUCCUGGGCACCAUGUGGAUGUUGAUUUGGAUCCCAUGGCAAUAUAUCCGCAUAAUUCCUUAUUUGAUCAGGCUGCAUGCUCUUGCUUUCAUUGCUACAACAAACAUUGGCAAGUUCCUGGGCAAAUCAAUCCUCCUGUUUUCAGCAAUAGGAGGUACCCAGAUGUUCCAAUCAGUUCCAUGGUCAACCAUCCUGAAACUUCUGUUCCAUUUGGUUCAAUGGGUUAUAAUCCUAGAGUUUUUAAUCCUCCCAUGUAUCCUCGUGAACCAGAUGACCAUGCAAGAAGGCCAAUUCUACUUGAUUCUGACAUGGGUGGUUUUAAUCGAGGCCGCCCACAAAGGAUGGUGCUAGAAAAUUGGAAUGGACGCCGUUUACGCCCCAUUGCUGGUGGUGCACCAUUUAUAACAUGCCGCAAUUGCUUUGAGUUGCUGCGACUACCUAAGAAACUUCUUUUAAUGAAGAGGAAUGAACGGAAAGUGCGGUGUGGUUCCUGCUCUACUGUAAUCUCAGUUGCGGUUGAGAACAAGAGGCUGCUGCUUGUUUGUGUUCCCACUGAAACCAAACAAACUCCUCCAGAGGUCCAUGGUGGUUCUAGCGAGGUAGCGAAAGAAGGCCCUACAGCUAAUGGUUACACAAAUGAGACUAGCGUGAACUCCUACUCUGAUGAAUAUGAUAACUCAAAUUACUUCAAGUCUACAGAUCCUGAUCAUGCUUUAUUAGCAGAAGACCAGAGGUUGAACUUAAGUGAAUCUGGGAAGGUGCAUAGCCAGCUUUCUUCAUCUUCAAGUCCUUCUGAUGAUGAGAGCUCAGAUAGUGUAAUUACUAGGAGAGAGAUGUCCAACACAGAAGACUUGUCUCAGAGAGAAAAUGUGACUCCGCCAGUUCCAGGAUCACCCCUUCAGGGGCAUCUUGAUCAUCCUUCUUCUGAUCAUGUGGUGGGAAAAUUAGAAAAGGGGAGCAGGAGUAAACGUUUGGAUCAGGAGAAGGUGGUUAGGCAAGAUUCUUUGAAAUAUGCAUCAGUAGCUACUGAGAUGGAGGUUUCAUUCAAGGAGUAUUCUAACACUGGGAUGUCUCAGGAUUCUGGGGAGGCAAGCAAAGAGGAAGAUCAACAGGGGGUCAGCAGCGGACUUGAAUCAUUCUUUGCCAGCCUUAUCAGGAAGAGCUAUAGGGAUUCAUCUAAAUCUAAUCAAACAGUAGAGAAUGGCAAAGCUAAUGUGUCUAUUAAUGGACAUCCUAUUCCAGAUCGUUUAGUCAGGAAGGCUGAAAAGCUAGCUGGACCUAUUCAUCCUGGCCUAUUCUGGUAUGACUUCCGAGCUGGAUUUUGGGGUCUGAUGGGUCAGCCUUGUCUUGGCAUAAUACCUCCAUUUAUUGAAGAGUUCAACUAUCCAAUGCCUGAAAACUGUGCUGGUGGAAAUACUGGGGUUUUUGUGAAUGGAAGAGAGCUUCAUGAAAAAGAUUUGGAUUUACUUGCUGGCAGGGGACUCCCAACCACUAGAGAUAAAUCAUAUAUUAUUGAGAUUUCUGGGAGAGUUGUGGAUGAGGACUCUGGAGAAGAGCUUGAUAGCCUCGGUAAACUUGCCCCAACAGUUGAGAAGGCGAAGCGUGGAUUUGGUAUGCGGGGUCCAAAAGUGGCUCGGUAGCUAUAACCAUGUUGGGUGCUUUAUGGCUUCAGCUGCCAGUGCUAUCAGGAAGAAUUUGGAGCUGAUUAUUCUUUUUGGACCUAGGUGUCUAAGCAGUUUGUUUCAAACUCAAUUUAGGAUGUUUUCAUUGAUUGGGGGGGGGGGGUUGAAGCAACCUUGCAUCUUCAUCAUGUGCCCAAUUGAUUGAAAUACUGUUUUUUCUGUAAAUCUGAUAGCUUUAGCUGUUUCUUA